CAUGGAUAGAUUAGCCAAUGGUGGAGUUCCCACAAACUAGUGUUGCGGUCCACCUAUAUAUGUUUCCUCGUAUAAAAAGACCAGAAACCUCUGAGUUUGUUUCAGACGAUAAUGGCUAAUUAUCAAGCAGCCAUGCAAGGAGAGAAAAUGCGCAAAGGGACUUGGAUCGAAGAGGAAGAUGAGCGGCUUAUAAGCUUUGUCACCCUUAUGGGGGAACGGAGGUGGGAUUCCCUAGCGAGAGAAUCAGGUCUACAAAGGAGUGGUAAAAGCUGCAGACUGCGGUGGCUGAACUAUCUUCGUCCCAAUCUUAAGCAUGGUCAUAUGAGCAUUGAAGAAGAGCGGAUCAUUCUUCAACUUCAUGAGCUAUGGGGUAACAAGUGGUCAAGGAUUGCUCAAAGGUUGCCGGGAAGAACAGAUAAUAAGAUAAAGAAUUACUGGAGGACUCAUUUAAGGAAGAAAGAACAGGCAGAAAACUUUCAUUAUAGACUAGGCAAUGGUCAACAAGAUUUAUUCUUUCAAAAAGGUGACAGGAGUGCCCUGAAAUAUAACUGUGGAAACAAAGGGUCUGUCGAAGAGUUUAGCAGCAACAGUACAAACGAUACCUUCGAUGUUGUUGGGUUAUCAGACCUUGGAUUGACAAGUUCUCCAUAUGAAACCAGGUUAAUAUCGGAUUGGAUGUCGGAGCUGUCAAAUGAUCAAAGUGAAAUAAAACGUCACGAGGGCUGUAAAAGCCUAGAUCCGACAACAUGGAUUCCAGAUGAUAGCAUUAAUAUAUGGGACCAUUCAAGUUCCCUAUGGAAGAUUGAUUAAGCUGACAUUUACUGCAUGUCAUGAGAUG